UGAGUGAAUUUGAGUUAAAUUCAUGACUAUUGGCUGUAAAACCCUGAACCCCUUCUACCAUCGCCUCCGGCGACUUUCGGCAAAUGACGGUUGGUUAGCGUUCUCUGCAACAACUGCAGAAAUCGCCGCUCAACCCUAAUACCUCUUGAAGCCUCGAUAUUCCUCUAAAGUAUCAGUUUGAUACAUAAUCGGGGAUUAACAUGGAACCAGAGAGAUCCGUGAAGAAUCCCCCCGUUUCCCGGAAACCUAAGGCGGUAUAUUUCUCUUCCACGAAGCCGCAAAGUGAAGAAAUCCACGCCACCAACGGUCUCGUAGGCAGCAUCAUUGAGAAGGGCUUCUCCUCCUCCUCCUCUUCAUCAUCCAAUCCCCCAAAUCCCUCUAUCAUCUCUUACCCCCAACCUACGGUCCUUCCUUUUCCAGUCGCCCGACAUCGAUCCCACGGCCCGCACUGGAAUCCUCUGCACGUCGAGCCAGAAUUCGAGGAAGAGGAUGACAUGGACGAGACGGACUACUCAGCCUUCGCAAGCCCCAUCAAGAGGAAGGAGAAGAAAGGUUUGGAUUUUAGCCGAUGGAGGAAUUUCGUCCCCCAGAGCGAUUACGGUUUCUCUAAACAUAGUGAGGAAAACAAUAAAAUUUUGGCGACAAAAAAUUUACCUUGCCGUGAGGCAUUUGAGGAGGUAGUUCAGGGAUCGUCGGAGCCGUUGGUUGCUGUUAAAAGAGCUAAAGCUAGCAGUCAUAUGGUUGACGAUGAAUAUGGAACGCAGUUAUCACAAAGUAACAGUGCGGGGCUGCCUGCAGUUGCAACAGGGAAGCUCGACAACAAUGGAGGGGAUACAGAGAUGUUGAUGUCUAACAAGGAAGGAUUUGGAUCAACCAUGGAAGACAUCCACGCUGAGAAUCUUGCUCGUUUAAAGCAGAUGUCGCAGGAGGAGAUUGCAGAUGCACAGGCGGAGAUAAUUGGAAAGAUGAAUCCAGCAAUGGUUGCGAUGCUGAGGAAGAGGGGGCAAGAAAAGUUGGGUAACAGAAAGGUUGUUGCUUCAGGUCAUGAAAAGGGCGUACAUGAAAUGAUUGAAAGUGAUGAGAUUUCUGGUAAGGAUAAUGUUGCAGGUGGAAGCCCUUCCCAAGGUGUCAAGAGUACUGGAAUGGCUGCAGAGCAUGCGGAUUGGGUGUCUUCAGAACAAGUUAAUAGCAAUUCUUGGAAGAUUUGGAGUGAAAGAGUGGAGAAAGUGAGGGAUUUGAGGUUUAGCUUGGAAGGGGAUGUUCUGGAUGUGGACUCGUAUCUGGUACCUAGUGGUUGUAAGCAGGAAGGUGCUCAACCUGAUGUUGAAAAUGUGGCAGAACGUGAUUUUCUACGAACAGAGGGGGAUCCCGCAGCUUUAGGAUACUCAAUCAAGGAAGUGAUAGCGCUGAUUCGAAGCAUGGUUCCUGCACAAAGAGCUCUUGCUUUAAAACUUCUUGAUUCUAUCCUGAAUAAGGCUCAGUUCAACUUGCUGAACGACAAGGGUUGGCUUGAUGCUAAAAAUGAUACUGCCAGCAAUCAUGUUGAUUGGCAGGCAAUUUGGGCUUACGCACUUGGCCCUGAACCUCAGCUUGUAUUGUCCUUACGGAUUGCCCUGGAUGAUAAUCAUCAUUCUGUUGUUUUGGCUUGUGCUAAGGUAAUUCAAUCCAUAUUGAGCUGUGACAUGAACGAGGGCUUCUUUAAUGUUGCCGAGAAAGUUCCUGCCAUUCAAAGAGUUCUUUGCACCGCCCCCAUCUUCCGGAGCAGAGCUGAAAUUGAUAGCAGCUUUCUCCAUGGUGGAUUUUGGAAGUAUAGCACGAAGCCAUCAAAUAUAAUUCAAUCAAACAUUGAUAAUGAUGAUGAAGGUGUGGGGGAACAUACUAUUCAAGAUGAUAUUGUUGUAGCUGGUCAAGAUAUUGCUGCGGGUCUUGUUAGGAUGGGCGUUCUUCCUCGAAUAUGCUACCUUUUGGAGAUGGAGCCGAUUCCAGCUUUAGUAGAAUGCCUUCUUUCAGUGCUCAUUGGGUUGGCUAGGCAUUCCCCAUAUUGUGCGAAUGCCGUCUUUCAAUGCCCAAGGCUUAUUCAAAAUAUUGUUAACAUUUCGACAAUGCAAGGCAUGAUGGAACUUUUGUGUCAGAUAAAAGCAAUUACUCUAUUAAAGGUUUUGUCUCAAAUGGAUAAGCGCCUAUGCUUAAAUUUUGUGAAAAGUGGGGUUUUUCAACAAGUAAUGUGGCACUGGUACAGAAAUCUUAAUACAAUUGAUCAAUGGGUGGAAUCUGGAAAAGAACACUGCAAGCUCACUUCUUCACUUAUGAUUGAACAGCUUCGCCUGUGGAAAGUUUGUGUUAGUUAUGGAUAUUGUGUAUCAUACUUCGCUGAUUUCUUCCCAAACUUGUGUCGAUGGCUUAGUCGACCUACAUUCAACAAACUACUUGAAUUUAGCGUCCUUGAUGAGUUCGCUCAUGUCGUGAGGGAAGCAUAUGUUGUUCUAGGUGCUCUUGCUGAAUUGCUUCCAUGCCUUCAUUCUACGGACCAACUAAUUAAGCGCGACACAGACCAUGGGGAUGAUUUUGUAGAAACUUGGUCUUGGAGUCAUGUUGUUCCAAUGGUAAACUUCGCUAUUAGUUGGCUAUCUUUAAACGACAUCCCAUAUGUUUCUUCAAUGACUCGUUGCUUCGAAGAAAAUGACAUCUAUAAUUCAUCGUCAAGCAGCAUCAUUUGGGUUAUUUCGGCGGUACUGCACAUGUUUUGUUGCGUUUUCGGUAAAAUGAGCUUAAGAAGAGCUGAUGAUGAGAAUAACUCUACAAGCUUGCCAUGGUUGCCAGAAUUUGUUCCUAAAGUUGGCAUUGAGAUUGUUAAAAAUGGAUUUUUGUGUCUCAAAGAAGGUAAAGGUUGCUCUUUUAUUGAAAGACUUUGUUAUCUGAGGCAUCAAGAUGAUUUUGAUAUGUCGUUUUCUUCAUUAUGUUGUCUACAUGGGUUGAUUAAACUCACUUCGUUAAUCGAUGACUGUAUUCAGAGAGCUAGAAAUGCGUGUGACAUUCAGCUUCACACGGAAAGUAGCUUCGACAUCGAGGAGGGUAAGGUAAUAGCAGAAGGGAUGAUUAAAUGGGGCCGAGAUGAUCUCACGGGAGUAUUGGAUGCAUUUGGGAGCUUGGUUUCUGCCGAAUGGCCAAUGGUGCAAUAUCUCGAGGCAUUUGGCCGAGGCGGACCAGCCCCGGGGGUUGGCGUCGGAUGGGGUUCACCCUGCGGGGGGUUUUGGUCAUUAACCGUCUUGCGGGCACAAGAAGAUGCACGGCUUGUUUUGGAAUUACUAGAAAACUUCCCAAUUGUGCUUGAAAUCCAUCUUGCUUCUAUUGAAUCCAUGAAUCCGUUGGUUUUAGAAUCUCCCAACCCAACGAACCAUGUUUUACAUAGAAUAAAUUGCGUCCUUGCGAUUUGUUUGGUUGCUGGGCCUGCAGGUAGAGAUAUAGUGGAGGCGGCAUUCAAGGUACUGUUCCAACCUCCUGUGUUGAAGUAUCUUGGCCUCUUCCUCCAUCGUUUUCUCCAGCUAGACAAGAGAUUGAAAUCAUUUAAAUGGCAAUAUGAGGACAAGGACUAUUUACUUUUCAGCAAGAUUUUAAAUUCUCAUUUUAGAGAGAGGUGGCUGAGCUUCAAGACCAAAUCCUCCGGCGAUGCCGCAGAGCACACUAAAAAACACGAGCUUUCGAGAAAAACUGCGCUUCUCGAAACAAUUCAUGAGGAUCAGGAGAAUGAAGAGAUUCUGAAACUUUCUUCGAAAGAUACGGUUUUUAGCUCUUUUUGUAUAGAAUGGAUUCGCCAGAGGCUGCCGGUUCCCGAGCAUUGGUUUCUCAGCGCACUCUGCGGCAUUGGUGAACUAAAAAAUUUCGACUCAAAUUCAUCGAAUGAACUCGAAGCUGCGAAAAUUGGUCUCUUUUUUCUGCUAUGCCUUGAAGCCUCUUCUCUAACAGUGGUUAGUGAUCAGAAAUCUCCGAUUUUUAAUGUAUCUUUGGUUUGGAAGUUGCACGCCUUGUCCAUGUCCUUGCACGCGAAUAUGGCCGUGCUCGAAGACGAGAGGACUCGAGAUGUAUUUGAAUCGUUGCAAGAAUUGUAUGGAAAACAGCUUGACAAAUCGAGGCAUAAAGCGGAACACAAGUUUAGCGAUUCUUCUUCGAAUUUGUCUGAAACUCGUGGUGGCAUUUGUAGUGAAAUUUUGUCGUUUCAAUCACAAAUCAAUGACAGCUACUCGACUUUUGUUGAAGAUCUCAUUGGGCAGUUUGGAGCCGUAUCAUACGGCGACAUAAUUUUUGGCAGGCAAAUAGCUAUCUAUCUGCAUCGGUGUGUUGAUUUUCCGAUCAGGCUUUCGACAUGGAAUGUUCUAUCCAAUUCAUAUUUGCUCGAGCUCUUGCCGCCGUUGGAAAUGUGCUUCUCUGAAGCUGAUGGAUACUUGGAACCUCCAGAGGACAAGGCGCAAAUUCUGGAGGCCUAUGCAAAGGCAUGGACUUCCGGUUCCCUUGAAAAAGCUUUUACCCGCCGUUCGCUCGGUUUCUCUUUAGCGCUGCAUCACCUUCAUUCUCUCAUCUUCGAAUCCGUCUCCCCCGACACGCUAAAGCUGCGCAAUAAGCUGGCAAAGUCUCUUCUCCGCAGUCAUUCGCACAAGCAUCGUAAUUUCGGCAUGCUGCUCCAUCUUGUAAAAUAUAAACUGCCAAUUCCAGAAGAUCCAUUGCAUGGUUUCGAGCUCAUUCGGCGAUUCGAUCUGCUCGUGGAAAUUUGUGAGAGAAAUUCUUCACUUAUUGCCGUGGUGGAUCAUCUAAAGUCUGUUUUGUAGUGGAUGGAUGAGAUAUUUGGGAUGUUCAUAUCUUACUUAUAAUGAAGAUGGCACCAGAAGCUGCUCUGCAGUGUUUUUUGUUGACCUUAGGGUGGACUAUGUAAAAGAGCAUGUAAAAUUAUGGAACUGAACAUGUAACAAUUUUAUUUGCAGCAGGCUACAUGUUUAUAUUAUUUGUAUGACUUCUGUAAAAAAAAAA